AUGCAACUCCUGGCUCGAAGACCACCCUAUAGACAACCACACAAUAUUGUCCCUCCGUGGGAUGACUUCGAUAUCAUGAAAUCCGCGACCGAGGUCCUUGAGCAGCACCUCCAGCCUAUUCCGGUCGAGCUCCAGCCUUGGGCUUGGAAGAACUGGGUGCAAUGGCAUGCACUUGCGGUCUUGCUUGCGGAACUGAUGGUACGACCUCAAGAACCGUCAUCUGACCGAUCAUACAUUAUCGCAACACAAAGUUUCCGGCAUUAUGCGCGACUAGUAGCGGAUUCAGAGUCUGGACUGCUGUGGAAGCCCAUCGCGAAGCUAAUGCGACGGGUACAGAGAUUGAGAAAGACUCCAGAUACUGCUGGGAACAAGAAUCUCGCGAUCGGAACAGAGACAGUUUUUCCUGUACCGAUUGUGACAGAGCAGACCUGCUCUUCUACUUCCAACAAUGACUUGUUUGAUCUCUCAAACUGGGGUAUGAACGAAGAUGAUUUGAAUGUGCCUUUCUUAGGUCUGGAAGAUCAUGUCAGACCUCAAUACAACGAUAACGAAGACGGAAACGAGACACCGUGGCUGGCGUGGGAUAACUUCGUCCGAGACAUCAACUUCUCGCCACCUUAA